AUGAUAAUACAACAGGUCUUGCUGCUGGUUCUGCUCUGGGUGUGCCUGCUGCAACCCUGUUUGACAGCAAUGGUGUUCACCAGGACUACAGACCACCAGCCAAAAAGCUUUGUGACUCGUGGAGCAGGGAAUGAUGGGAAAGCACUGCACCGCCAGAAACGAGGCUGGAUGUGGAACCAGUUUUUCUUGCUCGAAGAGUAUACUGGGUCAGAUUACCAAUAUGUAGGCAAGCUUCACUCUGACCAGGACAAAGGAGAUGGCUCUCUCAAGUACAUUUUGUCAGGAGAUGGGGCUGGCACUCUUUUUAUUAUUGAUGAGAAAACAGGUGACAUUCAUGCCACAAGAAGAAUUGACAGGGAAGAGAAAGCGUACUACACCCUACGUGCCCAGGCUAUUAACAGAAGAACGCUCAGGCCGGUGGAGCCUGAAUCAGAGUUUGUCAUCAAAAUCCACGAUAUCAACGACAAUGAACCAAUGUUUCCAGAAGAAGUUUAUACCGCAAGCGUUCCUGAAAUGUCAAUGGUUGGUACUUCUGUGGUUCAAGUCACAGCCACGGAUGCCGAUGAUCCUUCAUAUGGAAACAGUGCCAGAAUCAUCUACAGCAUCCUCCAGGGCCAACCGUACUUCUCUGUGGAGCCAGAAACAGGCAUCAUCCGGACGGCUCUUCCAAACAUGAACAGGGAAAACCGAGAGCAGUACCAGGUCGUUAUCCAGGCAAAAGACAUGGGAGGCCAGAUGGGUGGAUUAUCGGGGACCACGACAGUGAACAUCACCCUGACGGAUGUCAACGACAAUCCGCCUCGAUUCCCCCAGAGCACGAUUCACCUUCGCAUUCCAGAAUCUUCUCCAGUGGGCACUGCCAUUGGAAGUGUAAAAGCCACCGAUGCAGACAUCGGGAGAAAUGCAGAACUCAAAUACCAAAUUAUCGAUGGCAAUGAAAUGAAUUUGUUUAGCAUCGUGACCCAGAAUGAAACGCAGGAAGGCAUUAUCAUCGUGCAAAAGCCCCUGGACUAUGAGGCUCGAGGGCUAUAUACUCUGAAAAUUGAGGCAGAGAAUCUAUAUAUAGAUCGGCAAUUUUACUAUCUUGGGCCUUUUAAAGAUACAACUACGGUGAAAAUCUCUGUAGAAGACGUAGAUGAGCCGCCUGUCUUCAGCAGAUCCUCCUAUCUUUUUGAGAUACAUGAAGAUAUUGAAGUCGGCACAAUCAUAGGAACUGUGAUGGCCCGAGAUCCAGAUUCCACUUCAAGCCCUAUCAGGUACUCCUUGGAUCGCCAUACUGACCUUGACAGAAUCUUCAACAUACAUUCUGGAAAUGGAUCUAUAUAUACUUCGAAAAUGCUUGACCGAGAAAUAUCCCAGUGGCACAAUCUUAGUGUAAUAGCAGCUGAGAUCAACAACCCCAAAGAGAUGACCCGUGUUUCUGUUUACGUUCGAAUCUUGGAUGUGAAUGACAAUGCACCACAGUUUGCUGUGUUCUAUGAUACUUUUGUGUGUGAAAAUGCCAGAGCCGGCCAACUAAUACAAACGAUAAGUGCAGUAGAUAAAGAUGACCCCCUUGGAGGACAAAAGUUUUUCUUCAGUUUAGCUGCAGUGAAUCCCAACUUCACGGUCCAGGAUAGUGAAGAUAAUACUGCCCGCAUUUUGACGAGAAGGAAUGGUUUUAGCCGGCAUGAAAUAAGUACUUAUCUCCUGCCUGUGGUGAUAUCAGACAAUGACUACCCCAUCCAAAGUAGCACUGGCACGCUGACCAUCAGAGUGUGUGCCUGCGACAGCCGGGGAAACAUGCAGUCCUGUAAUGCUGAAGCUCUGCUCCUUCCAGCGGGUCUCAGCACGGGAGCUCUCAUUGCCAUUUUGCUCUGCAUCAUUAUUUUGCUGGUUAUAGUGGUGCUGUUUGCUGCUCUAAAGAGGCAGCGAAAGAAAGAGCCUCUGAUCUUGUCUAAAGAGGACAUCAGAGACAACAUUGUGAGUUACAACGAUGAAGGUGGUGGUGAAGAAGACACACAGGCUUUUGAUAUUGGCACGCUGAGAAAUCCUGCAGCUAUUGAAGAUAAGAAGCUCCGUCGAGACAUUAUACCGGAAACGUUAUUUAUACCACGGAGGACUCCUUCUGCGCCAGAUAAUACAGAUGUCCGAGAUUUCAUUAACCAAAGGCUAAAAGAGCACGAUAAUGACCCCUCUGCCCCACCGUAUGACUCCCUGGCAACCUACGCCUACGAAGGAAACGAUUCUAUAGCUGAAUCUUUGAGUUCUUUAGAGUCUGGCACUACUGAGGGAGACCAAAACUAUGAUUACCUCAAGGAAUGGGGGCCUCGGUUUAAUAAGCUUGCUGAGAUGUAUGGUGGAGGCGAAAGUGAUAAGGACACUUCGUAA